AUGUUGCGAUCCCGACUUGUAAAGGACUUGGACAAAAAUACCAGGUACUUUCACAAUAUAGUUUCAACAAGAAGGAAGAAUAACAAGAUUGAUGCAUUGGUAAUUAAUGGAAGCGUAGUCAGGAAUCAAGCAAGAAUAAAAAUUGCUAUCAGAGAGUUCUAUAAGAAUUUGUAUCAUCAAGAGGAGUCUCCUAUGGUGAGUUUUAGAGAUGGACUGGUGGAUUUAAUAGAUGAAGAAGAUACUGCAGCUUUGAAGGUAUUACCGUCAUCUGAGGAGAUUAAAAAAGCCGUGUGGGACUGUGAAUCUUCUAGGGCUCUAGGAAGUGAUGGGUACAAUAUGAACUUCAUCAAAAAGUGCUGGGAUGAAAUCGGGACUGAAUUCACGACAGUUGUGUUAGGGUUCUUUCAGACAUCUAGAUUACUGAAAGACUCGAAUCUCACAUGGGUGGCUUUGGCGCCAAAGUUUUUUGGAGUUAUAGAGAUUAAGAACCUUCGACCAAUCAGCAUGUUUGCUGAUGACACUGUGUUGUUCUGUCCGCCAGAGGAGGAGUCCGUUAAGAAUUACAAAAGGCUUCUUUGCUGCUUCAAACUGAUGUCGGGGUUAAACAUCAAUUUUGAGAAAUCGAGUUUGAUACCAAUCAAUUGUGAUCAACAUUGGGUACAGAACAUGUGUAGUCUACUGGGGUACAAGGAAGCUGCUAUUCUGGUUAAAUACCUGGGGAUCCCUCUAGGUGCGAAUCUGAGACUGGUCAAGACUUGGAAGCCAAUAAUAGAUAAAGUGGAGGAGAAGCUAAACUUAUGGAAAUCCAAGGCUAUUGCGGAGAAACUUAUUUCAUUACAAAGGAUAUUCUUGUGGGGGAAGGAGGAUGGGGGGAAUGACAUGGUUUUGGUUAGAUGGAAAGUGGUUCAAGCCUCUAAAAGGUUAGGCGGGCUAGGAGUCGGUGAUGCGAUGCUCCGCAAUACUGCCCUAUUAUUUAAGUGGGGGUGGAGGUUCUCUAAAGAGGAGUGUCCGUUGUGCAAGAAAGUAGUAUGCUUUUGUAAUAAUCUCUUCCCUAACCAGCUUUUAUCAAUCCAGGAUUUACCUACUAGAGGGGGAUCAUGGAAGGACAUUUAUCAGAUACAUAUAAAGGAGCAAUCUAUAAGAGAUCAGAUGAUAACUGGCUUGGCAAUGGAGAUUGGUGAUGGCAAGAGGACUCACUUUUGGAAAGAUGUUUGGAUAAGUUGCGGUUCUCUGAAGGAUAGGCUUCAAAGGCUAUUCUCGGUUUCAACCCAAAAAGGCUUUGUCAUAGGAGUUUGUGGGUUUUGGGAUUGGUUUGAGUGGAUUUGGAACUUCCAAUGGAGGCGUGAGUUAUUCCAAUGGGAGUUGAAACUUCUGAAUCAAUUGCACGAAACCUUGAGACCGGUUAAACUAGCCUCUGACAGAGAGGAUAGAGUUGUCUGA